ACUACUUCAUGUGGUGACACCGGCUUUUUGUUUUGAAUCAAACAUUCAGCGAUUACGACGUUUCUGGAGAACCAAAAAUAAUGAAAAUGCAGAUCACGUCAGCAGCUGGCAUACUUGCCCUGCUGGAGGAACCAGAGCCUGAAGUUAAGGUUUUCUCAUUGAAUAAACUGAACACAGUUGUAGAUGAAUUCUGGGCAGAAAUCUCUGAGGCAGUUGACAAGAUUGAGAUGCUGUAUGAAGAUACCACCUUCAAGCACAGAGAACUGGCAGCUCUGGUGGCUUCCAAGGUGUACUACCAUCUUGGGGCCUUUGAGGAGUCCGUCACCUAUGCCCUGGGCGCUGGCUCUCUCUUUGAUGUCAACGACACUUCGGAGUAUGUUGAGACUAUUAUUGCAAAAUGCAUUGAUAGUUACACUAGAAUGAGAGUCCACAAUGCAGAGAGCGAUGAAGUUGACCAGAAACCCAUGGAUUCCCGUCUGGAGGCAGUGGUGAACCGAAUGUUCCAAAGAUGUUUUGAUGACAAGCAGUUCAAACAGGCUGUAGGCAUUGCCUUAGAGACCAGGAGAAUUGACAUCUUUGAGAAGGCCAUUCUGCAACCUGAUAGUGUGUCAGACAUGAUGACGUACGCCUACAAGGUGACGAUGUCCCUGAUCCAGAACCGUCAGUUCCGAAACACCAUUCUCCGCGUGCUGGUCAAGAUGUACAUGGGACUCGCCACACCAGACUAUAUUAAUGUCUGCCAGUGUUACAUCUUCCUGGAUGAACCUCAAGCUGUGGCAGAGAUCCUGGAAAAACUGGUCAAGGACAGUGAGGAGAGCACCCUGAUGGCAUACCAGAUUGCCUUUGACCUCUAUGAGAGCGCCACUCAGCAGUUUUUACAGCGAGUGCAGUCGGCACUGAGGUCCACGGCACCUAUCCCUAUCCCAACAACGCCAGUAGGGAAGGCCACCAAACCAGAGGACUCUAAAGAGAGUACUAUGGAGACAGAGGACAGUACAAUUGAUGCAGACAGUGGGAAGACAGCUGAGAGUGCCACACCCAAACUGGAGGAUUUGAGUGAAUCUGACCGUAAGCUCCAGGAGCAGUUCACCAAGCUCCAUACUAUCCUAGGAGGUGACUUCAGUAUUGCUCUCAACCUGCAGUUUCUUAUCAGGAACAACAAGACAGACAUGUUGAUACUGAAGAAUACCAAGGAGGCAGUACGCAACUCUAUCUGCCACACAGCCACUGUGAUGGCCAACGCCUUCAUGCAUGCCGGCACUACAUGUGACCAGUUCCUCAGGGACAACCUGGAGUGGCUGGCCAGGGCCACAAACUGGGCCAAGUUCACGGCCACUGCCAGCCUCGGUGUCAUCCACAAGGGUCAUGAGAAGGAGGCUCUGAACUUGAUGUCCACCUACCUGCCCAAGGACACUGGUCCGGGGUCAGCUUACAGUGAGGGUGGUGGUCUGUAUGCUCUAGGUAAGUUAUCAGGAAUUUUUCUGGCUGACAGCAGGAAUCUGUACAAUUUUGCUAUUGAUACUUUAAUAUGUAACUGA